AUAAAGUAGUUUAAGAAUGUUUACCUCUUUGCGAUAAGAUAUUUUUCAAUUUCGUAUUGUUCGUAUUGUUACAUUGUUUGUGCAACUUCAAAAUGGAUCACUGCAGAAAAGAACAGAAAAAAACCAAUCCAAGGGAGACCGCUAAUAUAUUUUCUCUACUUACUUUCGCAUAUGUAGGAAGUUUAUUCAAAAAAGCUUUUAAGCUCGACCUCCAUGAAGACGAUAUCUAUGAAGUAUUAAAUCAACACCGAGCCAAAAAAUGUGGUGAUCUAUUAGAACGGGAAUGGUUAAGUGAAAAAAAUCGCUCAAAGAAGCCAUCGGUUUCUCGGGUUAUGUGGAGAUGUUACGGCAAAAGAUAUUUGUUUAGAGGUUUCAUUGAUUUCGUUUUUAAUACUAUUAAUAGUAUUAUACGCCCAUAUGUGAUCGCCCAUUUCGUUGCCUACUUUGCUCCCGGCCAAACCGUUUUAACGAGGAAUGACGCCUAUUUUUAUGGAUGCGGCAUUUUGGUCAUCCACUUUGUGGCCUUAUUUUACAACCACAAUUAUAUGAUAUGGAUUCAGAUGUUUGCCAUUGAGAUGAGAACUGCGUUUUCAUCCCUUUUAUAUAGGAAAGCUCUAAAACUUUCAUCAGCUGGUACAACCGACACAAAUCUGGGAAAUAUAGUUACGCUGAUCACCAGGGACGUCCAAGCAUUUGUGACAGUAAUUUUUAGUGUAAACGAUGCUUGGGUAUCUAUAACGCAAGUUUUGGUCAUUUGCUAUUUGCUGUUCAAUAAAGUUGGAGUCGUAUCAUUCGUAGGCAUUGGAAUUUUAAUAUCAGUUUUUCCUUUUCAAGUUUAUAUCAGUACGUGGGUAACGAAGUUUAGGCUGCAAACGUGCCAAAAGUCUGACGAAAGGCUACAACUUAGCCAGGAAAUAUUGUCUACGAUAAGAAUAAUAAAAAUGUACACCUGGGAACUGUUUUUUACCCAAAAAGUUACUAAAGCAAGAAAAGAGGAAAUGAGAAAACUUGUUCUGGGAUUCUACUGCAGAAGAGUUAUUAUAAUCACAGGAGUAAUGUUUUUAAAUUUUGGCUUUUACAUGCUAAUCAUGGCUUGCAUAUGGGCAGGCGUAUCUACAGACACCACCAUAAUAUUCUAUAUUCUAUCUAACUUCAGAGAUCUCAGACAUUUUUUAGCUAUUGUGAUGCCUAUGGGUAUGGGAAACGUCAGUGAGUUUGUAUCUUCGUACAAGAGAUUAGUCAAGGCCUUGAAAUCUGAGGAACUUGUCGAAGAAAUUACACAAGAAGACCCUAAAUCUCCACCUUUUAUUAAAUUGAAGGAAGCUACUGUUAAAGUCAGAGGCCAUGAAAUUUUAAAAGGUGUUUCAUUUCAAAUAUCUCCUGGUCUAACUGUGAUUACAGGUCCUAUUGGAUGUGGUAAAAGUACAUUAUUUAAAACUAUUUUAAAGGAUAUACCAUUAGAAAGCGGAUCAGUACUCACACAGGGUAGGAUUUCAUAUGCGUCACAAGAUCCGUGGUUGUUUCCUUCGACGAUAAGGCAGAAUAUACUUUUUGGAGAACCUUAUCAAGCCAAAAGGUAUAAUGAAGUUAUAACAGCCUGUGCCCUAACAUUUGACCUAAGUCUUUUUGAACACGGAGACGAAACUAUAUUAACCGAUAGAGGACUCAACCUAAGCAAAGGUCAGCAAGCAAGAAUCAAUUUAGCGAGAGCUAUCUACAGGUCUAGUGAUAUCUAUCUUUUGGAUGACUGUCUCACUGCAUUAGAUGCAUCAGUUCAAGUUUAUAUAUUCAACGAAUGCAUUAAGAAGUUUUUAAAAAACAAAUCGUGUGUUUUGGUUAGUCAAAAUCCUAGUCAUAUACAACAAGCUGAUUAUGUGAUAAUAUUGGAGGAUGGUACAGUAAAAGACGUAGGUAAGCCAAGCGAGCAGAUUAUAAGAGAAGCAAAAGAAGUUGUAGAUCAUGGUGUGGACUUACAAAAACAAGAAAAACAACAAAUUAAAGAAGAUAACUCUGCAGAUUUCGAUAACGAAGUGACAGAUGAUAUAAAAUUGCUUGAAAAAGACGAAAAGUCGACGAAAAAGAUCUACAGUGAAGUAAAGAAACAAGGAUCUGUGGAUUGGAGAGUUUACAAACAGUACUUUAUAUACGGAGGAGGAUUCUUAUUCGUUCUUUUUAAUAUUUCUAUGAGAGGAUCCACUCAGUUUGCAGUAAGUUAUGCAGAGAGGCUACUAACCAAGUGGGUGGACAAAAAGCAAAUUGUGCUAAACAUCGAGAAAAACAUUUCCACCAAUCCGCUUUCUAAUGAUACCUUAUUUCCCUCAUUGUCAUUGGCCAAAUCCAUCGAACAAGACACGUUUAGGUUGUACUCGGUAUUUGUUAUGUUGGGUACAGGAAUGGAACUGCUCACUACUUACGCAUUGUUGGAGUUUUGCAGGAGGGCCUCUGUUAAUUUACACAAGGCGAUGAUCAAGAAGAUCAUCAACUCAGUGAUGAUGUUUUUCGAUACGCACUUGAUAGGAAAUAUAUUGAACCGGUUAUCACAAGAUAUGCUGAGUGUCGAUGAGUAUCUUUCUGCUGUUUUGGAUCAAUGCUGCAGGACGAUAUUUAACGUCGGUGGAAUAGUUUUCUUGGUUACAUUAGUCAACCCUUCUGGUGCUUUCAUCAUCGCUUUGAUUUUUGCGCUGGCUUUUCUAAUGAGAAAAAUGUACUUACCUGCAGGAAGGAGCUUAAAACGUCUGGAGGCAGCAAGUCGAAGUCCUAUGAUUGGCCACCUCAACGCAACCUUAGAAGGAGUCACCACGGUGAGAGCUUCAAAAGUGCAAGGAAUUUUAAUAGAAGAAUAUAAUAGACACCUAGAUUUAUACACUUCAGCAAGUUUUACAUCCAUGUGUUCCGCUAGAGCUUUUGGAUUUUUUAUUGACUUAAUAUGUUCAUUAUUCAUCGUCUUUGUAGUGAUCAAAUUUUUAUUCUUUAACAAAGAUAAUACAGCUGGUGACAUUGGUCUCACUAUCACUCAAGUCUCCGCCCUUUCCAUUAGCAUAACGUGGUGCGUACGGCAGUUUACUGAGCUAGAAAAUUACAUGACGUCUUUGGAAAGGAUCCUGGAGUACACCAACAUCAAAACAGAGAAUAAAGAAGGAGCUGAAAUCAACAACUGGCCUUCACUUGGAAGCAUAUCAUAUCAAAACGUGUACCUGUCUUAUGAAGGCAAUACUCAUUAUGUUUUAAAAGACCUAAAUUUUGAAAUUAAACCUACAGAGAAGAUUGGUAUAGUAGGAAGGACAGGUGCAGGAAAAUCUUCAAUAAUAUCUACGCUUUUUAGACUUUAUGAGGUUCAAGGCAAGAUCCUUAUUGAUGGAGUUGAUAUUAAAACUUUGUCUCUAGAUUUCUUAAGAAAACAUAUUGUUGUUAUCCCCCAAGAUCCCACGAUAUUUUCCGGAACUAUUCGAUCAAAUUUGGAUCCUCUGAAUGAAUUUGAAGAUAAAGACCUCUGGAAUGCUUUACAAACAGUUGGAAUCAACGAUUCAAUCACAAACUUAGAACAACCAACGAACAGUAACUUACUAACUUUCAGUUCUGGCCAAAAGCAGCUUCUCUGCUUGGCCAGAGCUUUGCUUCGGAAGAACAAGAUUGUAGUCAUGGAUGAAGCCACUGCCAACAUGGAUCACGAAACUGAUAAACUUUUACAUAAGAUUAUUAAGGAAAACUUUUUUGACUGCACAAUAUUAACCAUAGCGCACAGAUUGCAUUCUGUGCUGGGCUGUGAUAAAGUGAUGGUGUUGGACAGAGGAGAGAUAAAAGAGUUUGGAGAACCUACGCGGUUGCUCGAAAAUAAAGAAGGGAUUUUUUAUAAUAUGGUACAGCAAAAUAAACGAAAUGACGUUUUAGUUGAGUAUUUAAAUUAAUUUAGAUUUCCUUUAUUGAUUAGAUUCCAUAACGUUAUUAGUAUCGUUUCAUUUGGUCGUAAUUAUUUCACAUCAGUUGUACAACCAAUCAAAAUUUUUCAAAUACUAUGUUUUUUGAGUUUUUAGAGCGCUUGGUCAACUUUUAAGCCUUUAAACAGGAAGCUGAAAGAAGUAAAUAACAAUUUUUGUAAAAUGUAAAAUUUGAAGUAAAAAAAGUAAGGAAAAAUGACUUUGAAACUAUUUAUUAGUGUCUCCAGUGAUUUUAUGAUAUUAGCGUUUAGUAUUUUUAAGAAAUUGAAUAUAGUUCAUCAGCUGAUGGACAAAUUUCAAUGAUUUAUCUAAAACUGUGGAGUUAUAGAUCCAUGAUCUGCGAUUUGCUUGUCUGUAUUCUAACAGAUCAUAUUGAUCUGAUUGAAGUUGAUAAAAGUUAAACAAAAAAAAAACUGCGAAAAAAAUAUAUUUAUUUAUAAUAAAAUUUUGCACUGAA